AUGGUUUCCUAUCUCGUCACCGGCGCUGCUCGAGGCCUUGGGCUCGCCUUCGUCCAGAAACUCGUUGCUCUUCCCGCAGAAGAAGUCUGUGCCGUAUUUGCGACGGCCCGUACACCAUCUCCCGAGUUGCAGGAGCUAGUCAAGCAGUCUUCAGGCCGCGUUGUCAUCAUCAAGCUCGAGGUCACCGACGAAGCAUCCAUCAAGCAGGCCGCGGUCGAAGUGGAGAAGAAACUAGGCGGCAAGGGACUUGACGUCUUAAUCAACAACGCCGGAGUAUGCCAGUAUACUAUGGACGGAGUAAAGUCUAUGGAUGAUCUGGAACACAGCUUCUCCGUCAACGUCCUGGGCGUCCACUGGGUGACUCGUGCUUUCAUUCCGCUAUUGCAGAAGGGGACUCAGAAGAAAGUCAUAAGUAUUUCUACCACCUUGGCCUCCAUCACCUUAGCGCGCGCUGCGCACGUUUCCCCCGCGCCAGCCUAUAAGAUCACCAAAGCCGCCAUGAACGCCUUAACGGUUCAAUAUGCGCUUGAUUACGAAAAGGAAGGGUUUACCUUUAUGGCGCUUAGCCCCGGCUGGCUGAAGACCGAGCUCGGAGGCGGAGACAUGGCCGAUCUGACUGCAGAGGAAGGCGCAGCUCUCUCGCUUGAUAUCAUUCGCGGCCCUGCUCGUGGGUUGAAUGGGCAGUUUCCCAAAAUCUAUCUUCCCGGCUGGGAGAACACGAGGCACCAGUACGAUGGAAGUAAUGCUCCGUGGUAG